AAGGCAAAGCGCCAAAAAGCUAAUGAUAUUAACCAAAACUUGUCGGUUCCCGGAACAGUACUUGGAUAAGACAUGAAAAUUCUACUCUCACUCUCACUCUCACUCUCUCCAACUUCCACUCCUCCAUUUCCUCACUCUCUCUUCCCUCUAAACCGACCUCCGCCGCUCCCAUGGCCACCGCCGCCGAGCCCGUAGCCAGCCCAUCAAAAACCCGCGUGGGCUGGAUCGGAACCGGAGUCAUGGGCCAUUCCAUGUGCUCCCACAUCAUCAAUGCCGGUUACACUCUCACCGUCUUCAACCGGACUCUCUCCAAGGCCCAACCCCUCGUCGACUUGGGGGCCCACUUAGCCAACUCCCCCCUCGCCGUCGCUUCCCAAUCGGACGUCGUCUUCACCAUCGUCGGCUACCCCUCCGAUGUCCGCUCAGUUCUCUUGGACCCCACCUCCGGAGCACUCGCCGGCCUCCUCUCCGGUGGGGUCCUCGUUGACAUGAGCACGUCGGAACCCUCCCUUGCCGUCGAGAUAGCCUCCGCGGCAGCCUCAAAGGGUUGUGCCUCGAUCGACGCUCCGGUCUCCGGCGGCGAUCUUGGAGCGAAGAAUGGGACGCUGGCUAUCUUCGCCGCCGGCGAUGAAGCGGUGGUACAACGAUUGAACCCACUAUUUGCGCUUUUGGGUAAGGUUAACUACAUGGGUUCUCCGGGAAAAGGACAGUUUGCGAAGCUGGCGAACCAGAUUACCUUAGCUUCGAACAUGGUAGGAUUGGUGGAGGGUAUGGUUUAUGCUCACAAAGCGGGUCUCGAUGUGGGUUUGUUUCUGAAUGCGAUAUCUACAGGUGCGGCCGGGUCAAAGUCUCUGGAUUUGUUUGGGGAUCGGAUUCUGAAGAGGGAUUUCAAACCAGGGUUCUAUGUGAAUCACUUCGUUAAGGACUUGGGAAUUUGUUUGAAGGAGUGUCAGAUCAUGGGUCUUGCUCUUCCUGGUUUGGCUUUGGCUCAGCAGCUUUACCUCUCGUUAAAGGCUCAUGGUGAAGGGAAUUUGGGAAACCAAGCUCUUAUUUUGGCUCUGGAGCGCCUUAACAAUGUUUCACUUGAAUCUCCAUCUGCUCCAGCAACUUAGACUGGUAAACUGAAUAGUAAUAUGAUGAUGAUGAUGGGGCAGUGCUGUUAGAGAUACUUUCACUAUCACAAAUAUGAUCAUAGUUGGGCCAUAUAUUCAUGAUCUGGAAUUUUAUAAGCUGUAAGGUUGGAGGUUGCAAGUCAUAUUCUACUCACAUCGUGCGCAUUUAGAGGACCUGCUCUUCCAACAUUAUCAUAAGCAGGCCAUGUAAAACAUAUAAUAUAUCUAGUGUGCAAUGUUUUCUUUUAUUAUCUUUUUCUUCUCUGGC